AUGGAUCAACACGAUGACUUCGACAGUGUCUCCUGGAAACACGAUCCAGACAGCGAUGCCUCCCGGCCUACGACCUCGGGCACAGACGUGGAGGAGGUGCAUAGAGAGACCCACGACUCCAAUGGCAAGCGGAGGAUGAGCUCCGCCCAUGAAGAGCCCCAGGCCGGCUCGCUGGCCGACGCCGUAGACCUGGCUGGCAUCGGAGACGGUGUGCUAGAGUGCCAAGUCGACUCGCCUCUGAAGGAAAACGAUGGCACCAAGGACGCAUAUAUCUCAUACUUGGUUACAACACAUACCGAUUUCAAGUCAUUCAUGAAGUCUGACUUUACCGUAAGGCGACGAUACACCGAUUUCCAUUUUUUGUACAAGACACUCUACCGCGAAUACCCAGCAUGCGCCGUUCCGCCGUUGCCGGACAAGCAGAAGAUGGAAUAUGUCACAGGAGACCGGUUCGGGUCAGACUUCACGAAGCGCCGGGCGUGGUCGCUACACCGAUUUUUGAAGCGCCUGACGCUGCACCCAGUGUUGCGUCGCGCACCGCUACUUGCCAUCUUCCUGGAGUCGCCUGAUUGGAAUGCUCACAUGCGCCUGCAUUCAAAUCGCGGAUCAACAAGUACCGGGUCGGACAAUGCGAGCACGGGCAUCUUCGAUAAUUUUACUGAUUCAUUUGUCAACGCCUUCACGAAGGUCCAUAAGCCGGACCGUCGGUUUAUCGAGGUGAAGGAGAAGUCUGAUAAGCUGGAUGAGGACCUGUCGCACGUGGAGAAGACCGUCGCGCGAGUCGCACGGCGAGAGUCGGACCUCGAGACGGACUACACAGAGCUGGCGACGCAGUUCCGCAAGCUUGUGCCUCUUGAGCCGGCAGUCGAGAUGCCCUUGCAAAUUUUCGCGGCCUCGGUGGAAGAGACUGCGCGUGGUAUUCAUGAGUUGGAGGAUCACACUGAUCAGAACUACUUGGGGUCGCUACGCGAUAUGGGGUCGUACAUCCUGUCAGUCAAGGCUCUUCUCAAGACUCGUGAACAGAAGCAGUUGGACUUCGAAGCCCUGGUCGAUUAUCGCAACAAGGCUGUAGCCGAACGCGACUCUCUGGCUGCCAACCCAGCCGCCUACUACGCCUCCAACCCGCUCACAUCAUCUCCAGCCUCGUUUAUCCGCUCCAAGAUGGAAGAUAUGCGCGGUGUCGACCAUGAGCAGUCCCGUCGUGAACGGGUCCGUAAGCUCGAGCUUCGCAUUGACGAGCUGACCCGUGAAGUCGAGUCAGCCAGGACAACAUCGGAGAUGUUUGACGAAGAGGUCGUCCGAGAAGUUGCGGACUUUGAGCGCAUCAAGGCUGUGGAGUUCCGCGAUUCUCUCGGCUCCCUUGCCGAAUCACACAUCGCUUUCUAUCAGGGCGUGCUAUCCACCUGGGAGCGAUUCAUUGCCGAGAUGGAAGGUGACUCUGAAAUAGGUCUUGAGGCCGAAGAAGCUGCUCUGAGAGUGCGGUAG